AUGGGUUAUACACAUUCUCCCAAAGAGCCCAUUGCCAUCAUUGGUAGUGGUUGUCGAUUUCCUGGAAAUGCUAGCUCAUCCAAAGAACUAUGGAAACUUCUCUGUGAGCCAAGAGAUCUUACCAAGGAGAUUCCCGAGUCGCGGUUCAAUGCGAAUGGCUUCUACCAUCCCGAUGGCGAGCACCACGGUGCCAGCAAUGUCACCAAAGCCUACUUCCUCGAAGACGAUCCACGCCUGUUCGAUUCGAAAUUCUUCAGCAUUGCGCCCAGAGAGGCGGAAGCUAUAGAUCCCCAACAGCGAAUGCUGCUCGAAACAGUAUACGAGGCAAUGGACUCGGCUGGCCUUAGCUUAUCACCUAUGCGUGGCAGUGAUACGGCCUGCUACGUUGGUGUCAUGACAGGAGACUAUGCCGAAGUGGUGACGCGGGACCCUGAGAACUUUUCACAAUAUAUGGCCACGGGAACGUCUCGUGCCCUCAUCUCAAACCGGGUGUCGUACGUGUUUGACUGGAGGGGCCCAUCCAUGACGAUUGACACGGCUUGUUCAUCCAGUCUUGUUGCCGUACAUCUGGCCGUGCAGAGCUUACGUAGCGGUGAGAGCACCGUAGCCUGCGCAGCUGGAUCAAACCUUAUUCUCAACCCCGAUAGUUUCAUUGGCGAAACCAGCUUGCACAUGAUCUCUCCAGAAGGGAAAUCUAAGAUGUGGGACGCCUCUGCAAACGGGUACGCCCGUGGAGAAGGAGUGGCUGCAGUCUUCCUCAAGACCCUGUCCAAAGCUCUUGAGGAUGGUGAUAGAAUUGAUGCUAUUAUCAGAGAGUCUGGGGUGAAUCAAGAUGGUCGCACUCAGGGAAUUACUCUACCGAAUCCUGAAGCUCAAGCCGCGUUGAUCCGCUCGACUUAUCGCAACGCCGGUCUGGACUUGGACAAUGAAUCAGACCGAUGCCAGUAUUUCGAAGCCCAUGGAACUGGAACCCAAGCGGGAGACCCUAGAGAAGCGUCGGCCGUCAGUCAAGCAUUCUUUCCAGACAGCUUAAACGGGGAUGUACAACAUCAAAAGCUAUAUGUUGGCUCCAUAAAGACGGUCAUAGGCCAUACUGAAGGCUGUGCUGGUGUUGCAGGAUUGCUUAAGGUGGCCUUGUCUUUGAAAAAUAAGACUAUUCCACCCAACCAACAUUUUCACAACCUAAACCCCAGCGUGGCACCCUCUUACAAGAACCUGUGCAUCCCUACCGUCCCAACUCCUUUCCCAUCAUCUGAACCUGGCCAAGUUCUGCGUGCCAGUGUGAAUAGCUUCGGGUUUGGUGGCACCAACUCUCACGCUAUAUUGGAAAGCUAUGUUCCAGAGGUCCAUGAUGUUGGACCCUGGGGCCGCAAGACAGCAGCUCCUACUCCGACAACUCUUGACAAAGACUUCACACCCCUUCCACUUCUAUUAUCCGCAAACUCUGGUUCCGCUUUGGAGUCCAUGGUGGAAAGAUACGCGCAGCAUUUGACUGCCAACAACAGUCCGCUGCAUGAACUAGCUUCUACCCUCCACUCCCGUCGAUCUGUACUACCGUUCAAGGUGUCGAUUGCUGGUGGCACUCGCGACGCAAUACUUGGCGAGAUGGACGCGGCGCUUGCAGAGGCACGCAACAAGAAAGGCGAUUUUGGUAAGAGACCUACACAGUCAUCAUUCUCUGGCGCGCCGAGAAUGUUGGGAAUCUUUACGGGACAAGGUGCCCAGUGGCCGAUGAUGGGUGCCAGUCUGAUGCGCAAAUCAACCUUGUUCCGAAAGACAAUCGCCGCCCUAGACGAAGCACUGCGGACAUUGCCAGAUGGACCUGAUUGGGGCCUUGCAGAGGAAUUGAUGGCACCACCGUCCAAGUCCCGCGUGCGCGAAGCAGCCAUCUCCCAGCCUGCCUGCACGGCGCUGCAAGUUGCCCUAGUAGAUGUGCUGACCGCGGCGGGCGUCUCAUUCCACACCGUUGUCGGCCAUUCGUCAGGAGAAAUCGCGGCAGCAUACGCAGCGGGUUUCAUCUCAGGCGUUGACGCCGUUCGGAUUGCGUAUUAUCGUGGCCUGCAUGCGAAGCUUGCAGCUGGUCGCGAAGGGCAAAAGGGGUCAAUGAUGGCAGUCGGCUGGGGCAUUGACCAGGCCGCAAGUUUCUGUCGCUCUGAACCCCAACUGAGAGACCGGCUUUCCGUUGCUGCCAGCAAUUCGCCGGGGAGUGUUACGCUUUCUGGUGAUAUGGAUGCUGUGAAGAUUGCUAAGGAGCUCUUGGACCGGGACGGUGUUUUCAACCGAGUCCUGCAAGUCGAUACGGCAUACCAUUCUCACCAUAUGCUCCCCUGCUCAGAAGCAUAUCUAGAAUCUCUGCGGCAAUGUCGAGUCCAAGUUCGCAAGCCCAGGUCAGACUGCUCUUGGUUUUCGAGCGUCCAUGCCGGCAGGAAGAUGACAUGGGAGCAGAUGGCCACAGAGAUUGCCGGGCCAUAUUGGAAAUAUAACAUGGCACAGACUGUUCUAUUCUCUCAGGCUUUGGAGGCCGCUGUAACCGCGAACGAUGGCCCGUUCGCAUUUGGUCUGGAGGUAGGCCCUCACCCAGCGCUAAAGGGUCCCGCGUUGCAGACUAUCAAGGCCAAGCUUGGUGAUAGUAUUCCUUACGAAGGCGCACUGGACCGGAAGCGCGAUGAUGUUGCUGCAUUUGCAAGCUCACUGGGCUCACUCUGGAUGAGCUUUGGUCCGGGCUUUGUUGACUUCGCUGGGUACUCUUCCGCUUUUGAGGAAGACGAAGGGCGCCGCAAGAAUAUCUCUCCUGUUUGGGACCUGCCUAUCUAUCCAUGGGAGCACCGCUUCCUGUGGAGGGAGUCCCGCAUUAACAAGCAACUCAUGUCGCGGCGCGAACCUCCACACGAACUCCUUGGUGCGCGGACGACAGACGACAGCGAGCACGAACCGAGGUGGCGAAACAUUUUGAAGGUAGAAGAGCUGCCCUGGUUAUCUGACCACCGAAUACAGGGACAAACCAUUGUACCUGGAGCUGCCUAUUGUGCCAUGGCUCUUGAGGCCGCGUCCGCUUUGGGUCGCAGUCGUGGUGAGAAUGUGUAUCAGGUUGAACUCAGAGACCUAGAGAUCGUCAAAGCAAUCUCACUAGACGAAGGUUCAGAGGGUACAGAGACUCUGUUCUCCCUCAAGACGCUGGAGACUGGCUCUGGCGGGCUGAUCACUGCCGACUUUUCCCUAAGCGCCGCUUCUCUUGAGGAUGGAAUCAUGAGACGUGUUUGUACAGGAAACGUGCUUAUAUACACCGGAGAUGGCGGACUUUACAGCGGCUCCGCGUCAUGGAUCGAAGAAAAGCACUCACAUCUACUGCCUAUGAACAUUGACCGUUUCUACUCGGCUCUGGGAGAUCUAGGAUUGGGCUAUACUGGAGCAUUCCGUGGUCUCUCUUCCUUAGAGCGAUCGAUGGACAAGGCCUCCGGCGUUAUCUCCGUUCACGAUGAAGCCAGGUCGGUUCCCGUGCACCCCACGUGGCUUGACGUCAGUUUUCAGACCGUUUUUGCUGCCUUUGCCGCUACGAAUGACGAUUCAUUGUGGACCGCCUUCCUUCCAACCAAGAUAGGCUCUAUGAAGCUAUUUUACCCCUCGGCGGACAUUACAGGCCAUGACACAGGGCUUGGACAUGCUACCAACGAGAUCGCGGUUGACUCUUAUAUGUCGUGCUUCGAACCAGCUUUGCCUGGGGCAAUGCCCAAGAUUACGGCUGAUCUGAACAUCUUCGACAGUGCAACUAGUCAGUGCCGAAUCGAGAUUCAGGAUCUGACUAUGAGUGCCUUCCUUCCUGUCACAUCCAAAGAUGAUCGUCACGUUUAUCAGCGUACUGAAUGGGUUCAAGAUAUUCUAUCAGGUGUCCCUGCCACCGGCGAAUAUCGCGAUAACCGUCUGGAGAAUGAAGAGCUUGCUACAUGCGAGGAGGUGGCCUACCAGUACCUUGACGCUCUACGGUCGUCUAAACACGUCAAUGCGAUUGCUGAGCAGCAUGCUAUGCUUGCUCAAAUCGUAGACAAGCUGCCCCUUAUGCCUACCAAACCAAACGACGGACCACACAUUUCCACUACCCACUCAGUUGAUUUACAGCUCCUUCGAGCAAUAGGAGAAAAGCUGCUGGCGAGUGGAAACCCGAGGAAUAGGCUAUUGCGUCGAUCCAAAGAGUCCGCCAGUCUUUCUAUUGAUUCCUUGUACGCACAGUGGCAGUCCAGAAGGCUCGGUGUUGCUCAAACAGAGAGGGAUAUCAUAUCAACUACAAAGCAAAUAGCUCAUCGGUUUCCUCGAAUGAAGAUCCUCCAGAUCGGAGCCUCGGCACUACAGUUUAUCGACCGAUUAACCGCGGAACUCGGUACACAAUUCGCUGCUCUGACCGUCGCAGAUAGGUCCGCCGAAGCUAUUCAGCUGGUGAAGGAUCAAUCGAUCUUUCAUGAUGUCCGAGUUCAGUUCAGUGUGCUGAAUGAACCAAUUACGGAUGUCUUUGCUCCUGGUUCUUUCGAUUUGGUGGUUAUUGAAGACCCUUUGGCAGCUGCUGAGAGCAUCCAGGAUGCAAGGCAACUGCUCCGCCUGGGUGGGUUCUUGAUUAUGGCAGCGCCCACAGGAAACACUCUCCAUUUGGCCAUGAUACAAGCUGGAUGGGAAUCUUCUAAUCACGGUCUUGCCACGAGGAUGUCGCCCGUUAAGAUACAUAGGAAGCUCAGGCAGGGUGGCUUCUCCGGUGCACUCUCCAUUUUGUUCGAUAGCGCCCAGCCUGAGAACCACUCAAUCUCUGUGGUCGUGGCGCAAGCUACUGAUGCUUCAUUUGACCUCUUGCGUCAUCCUUUGUCUGCUUCCUCGCAAUCGGCUGGCAUCUUCCAGGGCAAGAUCAUUAUCCUAGGUGGAGGAUCCUUCAAGACCUUGCACCUUGCUGAGACAGUGCAGUCGAAGCUUGCAAGUGUCUGGAAGGGAGACAUUGACAUUAUCGAGUCUCUCGACGAUAUCGAUGUUUAUUCCCUUGAGAGUAUCCACGCUGUUCUCAGCUUGACAGAACUUGACCACCCGGUGUUCGAACAACUUGACAGCGGCUCAUUUGCUAGACUCCAGCAGGUGCUGCGCCACAUAAAGACAAUACUCUGGGUGACCAAAACGACUUCGUCUUUGGGGCCGUACCAAAGCGCAAUGAUGGGACUUGCCAGAACAGUGAUCGCAGAGGAUACGGAUCUGAUCCUCCAAACAGUGGACGUUGACACUAUAGAUGGAUGUGAGAGCAUCGUCGCAGAGAGUCUGCUACGUUUGAUUGCGUCGAUCCGCCUCCAGAGUCAAAACUCGGCGUUUUCGCCACUAUGGACCGACGAACUCGAGCUGGCAGUCCGCGGCGGGAAGUUCUUGAUUCCUCGCGUAGUCAUGGAUAAAGCCCGCAAUGAUAACAUUAACUCCGUCCGAAGAGUAAUUGAUGCCGACUUGUCAUCUUCUACAACCGCCAUCACGUUGGUCAAGCCAGAGGAUGGUCAAUAUGUUGCCUGCCAAGAUAGGUCCGCUAGUGCGACUACUGCCAUAGCCUUGACGGAUUCUAUUACAGUCCAAGUGGCGUACUGCUCUGAGCAACCUGUCUUAUCGGGGCACAAAGGUACCUGCUACUUUCUCUGCGCCGGUCGUACGCCAGAGGGUACCCACGUGCUUGCACUCACACAGUCAAUCACAUCGCGCAUAAUGGUCCCCAAGGAAUUAGCAGUGAUUGUAGAGGUGAAAAGUCCGGAAGGUCGUGAAAACGACUUGGCUCGGCUUGUGGGAGAAGCUGCCUGCUAUCUCCAGGCCAAAGUGUUGUCCAACAUCAUUCCCGAAGGGAACGGCACGCUUAUCUAUGAGCCUGAUGAAAUGCUCAUCAGCUAUCUCGACAAAUGCCUACAGGAGAAAGGAGACAAUUCAACUUGGUUCAUCAGGUUUUUGCCUGCAACCUCCUCCCCUGCCUUGUUGGGCCGGCAUGGCCGCACUAUUGCUGUGCGCUCUGGCGUUUCUCGACGUGAAAUCACUGCCCUUCUCCCGGCGGAUAUCAGCUUUGUGACUCACUUUGGAGAAAAUAGAACGAACGAAAAUGGAAACCUUUCUAUUUUGAAAAGUUGUAUUCCCAAGAAGAGCAUUAUGCUGCCUAUCUCCAAGCUGCAGUCUGUGCUCUUUCACAAGAAUGCCACUACCGUGUCAGCACGAACCUCGGCGAUGCGCUCUAUCGAAGAAUUUCUGAACACAGACACGGUAUCUCGUCUUACGAAUACAAAGCCUUUGACUGUCAUUCGAGCUGCAGAUCUACUUGGUUCAGCUCAAUCCUCGGUCAAGACUCGAACUGUUGUUGACUGGACUGGGGACCAGACUUUCAAAAUCCAGCGUACACCGCUUGACCCUUCGACGCUCUUUGAUUCCGCGAAGACUUAUCUGUUAGUCGGCCUCACGGGCCAGAUGGGUCAGUCUAUCUGCCGGUGGAUGGUGCAAAAUGGCGCCCGCAAUAUCGUGGUCACAAGCAGGAAUCCAUCACAAAACUGUACCUGGGCUUCAGAGUUGAUGUCUCUUGGGGCCCGAAUCUCCAUCAAAGCUGCUGAUGUCACAAAAUAUGAUGACGUUAUGCGACUUCGUGAAGAUAUUGCCAAGGAUAUGCCACCGAUUGCGGGAGUCAUGAACGGCGCCAUGCUGUUAGCUGACGGCCUCUUUGCUGACAUGAGUUUUGAUAACAUGAACAAGGUGCUGCAACCCAAAGUGGGCGGUUCUCGUAAUCUCGAUGCCGUGUUCUCUGGCCCCGAGCUCGAUUUCUUCAUUAUGCUUUCAUCGGUCAACGCCGCUACCGGCAUGAUCGGCCAGGCAAACUAUGCAGCUGCAAAUAUGUUCAUGGUUGGACUGGCGGCCGAUCGACGAGCUCGCGGCCUGGCCGCUUCGGUUAUCGAUAUCGGCAUGGUAAUCGGUAUUGGUGUCAUCCAGCGUACCGAAGGUGAUGCCGGCACUGGUGUUAUCGAGACGAACUUACGUAAACAGAAUCUGGCACCCAUUUCAGAACGCGACCUGCAUCAUAUUCUCUCUGAGGCUAUUGUAGCAGGCACACGGGACAGUGAUGUGGAGAUCAUAACUGGUCUACAAUAUUACGUGUCUACAUCUCCCAAUCGUCCAUUGUGGUACAAAAACCCGCGGUUCUCCCAUCUAGUGAUCGAGGGGGUCGCGGGUCAGGCCAACGACGGAUCUGCGCAGGACGAAAAGGCACAAAGUGUCGUAAAUGCGGAGAAUGCUGAAGAGGCGUGCCAAAUGCUUGAAGCAGUCUUGAUAGCCUAUCUGGCAUCCGAGCUUAAGAUACCUGCCGAGGAUAUUAGCGUUGAUAGCCCAAUAAUUGACCUGGGAAUCGACUCCCUUGUGGCAGCAUCGGCGCGGAGCUGGCUUCUGUCCGAGCACCAAGUAGAUGUGCCCGUCUUGAAGAUCCUGGGUGGAUCAUCUACCAAACAAUUAUCUCAGGAAGCAGUAUCAAAGAUGACUUUUGUAUCGAAAGCGGGAAAGUCCACCAGCCAAACUGAGCCAGCGGCUGCCGUCAAAUCUCAGGAACAACCAAUGGCACCCCCUGUUAAAGCCACAGAACAUCAACGCCAAGUUUCUUUGCACGAUGAAGCUCGAAACGAUAGUUCGUCGUCUUCUAUAUCCUCCACAAUGUCCACCCCAGUUGGGACAAGCAAGGGGACGUCACUCAGCCCUUCGGUCGUCCAGCAUGCUCUGAAGAACACUGAGACCUCACAUCUCGUGAAGCAGCAAUCAUUAUCUCUCGGACAGUCAAGGCUAUAUUUCUCCUCCCUGUAUUUGGACGACAUCGCGCCGUUCAACUGCACAACAUCCUAUCGCCUGUCCGGCAACCUCGAUGUUAAAAGGUUGGCCGAAGCAAUACAAUCGAUUAUUGUACGACACGAGAUCUUCCGGACUGCCUUCUACACAGACGAGUUGAGUGGGAAAGCUAUGCAAGCAGUGCUUGAUGUUUCCAGAAUGAAACUGAAAGUUCAGAAUUCAACCGAUGAGAUGACCGAUAUCCAGUCCGAGUUUCAGCGCAUUCACCAUUACAGCUUUGAUUUGGAAGCUGGAGAGACUUUCAUUGCCACUUUACUGUCGCACUCACCGGUGUCGCACACUUUGAUCUUUGGAUACCAUCAUAUCAUUAUUGAUGGCGUCAGCUGGCAGCUUUUUUUGCAAGACCUUGGGAGAUACUACAGGGAGCCUUCGCUGCAGCUACCUGCACCAGCACAGACAUGCGACUUCGUUGAGAAGCAGCGCCAAGAUAUUAAGACAGGAGCUUAUAGCGACAGAUUGGACUUCUGGAAGAAAAUGUACCCGGAACCCCCUGCACCACUCCCUCUAUUCCCCUUCGCCAAAGUCGGAGCUAGACGAGCUAUGGACCGUUACUCGAUGCGUGAUACCAUGGUGUCAGUCGAUGCCGCACUCAUCGAGAGCAUCAAGAAAGCGAGUGUAGCGUCGCGCACGACGCCUUUCCAUUUCUGGCUCGCCGGAUACCAAGUCCUGCUUCAGAGGCUGCUCGACAUCAACGAUCUAUCCAUAGGUAUUGUCGACGCAAACCGGUCUGACCCGACCUUCAGCGAGACCAUUGGGUUCCUUCUCGAGAUCAUGCCAUUGCGCUUCCAAGUGUCCAAAACCCAACGCUUUGUUGAUAUUCUAAGAAACACCCGUUCUAAGACUUAUUCGGCGUUGUCCCAGUCCGGCGUCCCCAUCGAGGAGAUCGCACGUGCCUGUGGCGUUGCAGCCGACAAGACCCAGACACCUUUCUUCCAGGUCAUUUUCAACUACCGCAUGGGCGCGACCAAGACUCCUGAUAUGGGCGAUACUAGCAUGAGCUUCCUGGACUACUCAGACGCCAAGGUUCCUUUUGAUAUCGCCGUCUCUGUAGACGAGAAGGAAGACGGCAGCGGCUUCCUCACAUUUUCAGCCCAAGACUACCUCUACGACCAGGAGGCAAUCGAUUUGCUGAUCACAACCUAUAAACUGCUGUUGACAGAGCUAGCAGCGGACGUUUCUAGGGUGGUAGGUGAUGUUCCUUUGUACGACAACUCUUCGGUCCAGAAAGCGAUCGACUUGGGGACGGGUCCUAAGACUGGGCCGGGAGUACUGGAGCCCCAGCUAGACACCUUGUCAAGAAGGUUCAGUGCCUGGGUCACCAAAGAUCCGGACGCGACAGCAGUCAAAGACCUGUCGGGAUUAUCACGGACAUACCUGCAAACUAGUCAGCGCGCCGAUGCAAUCGCUUUGACACUACAUACCACUCGUGCCGGGAAGGGAUCUCGUAUCGCUGUGCUUCUCGAGCCCACGGUUGAUACGAUAGCAGUGAUUUUGGCUAUCCAUCGUACCGGUGCGGUUUAUGUUCCAUUGGAUAUCUAUGCUAAUGAACAGCGGCUCAGUGACAUACUGGACGAGUCUGGCGCCACAAUACUCGUCCACCAUGCAGGCACUGCCAGCCGCGCAUCAACGCUGGCUGUGGGUCGCAAAGUGCGACUCCUCGAUCUGGCAGCAGCAAAGGACCUAAGUGUACAGCCUUUCUCUGAUGCAUCAUCCUCGACGGAGGAUGCAUACAUCUUGUACACCAGUGGAUCCACCGGAAAACCCAAGGGCAUACCUUUGACACACGCGAAUGUAAGCACUGUUAUCACAGCGAGCACCCAGCGACUGUCGAUCGGACGCGAGGUAGUGCUCCAACAGACAGGACAGGGAUUCGACGCAGCUGCGUGGGAGAUCUUUGUGGCGCUUGCAAAUGGAGGGACCAUCAUCAUGAGUGACAAUCACGGCGAUCCAGCCGACUUGGCCGCUCUCAUGGCUCGCGAACGUGUUACAGUCACACUCUUGAUCAUUUCCGAGGCACAUUCACUGCUACAAUACGGGCAACAGUCCCUACUUGAGUGUGAUGCCUGGCGCGUGGCCAUCUGCGCUGGCGAGAACUUCACACCCAAUCUCGUCGAUAAGCUUGCAGCUCUCAACCUUUCAGGCUUGCGCGUCUUCAACGGGUACGGGCCGACAGAGACCUCCAUAUUUUCGGCACUGGGUGAUGUUCCACUAAACCGGAGUAACACUGACAGAGUGCCCAUUGGUGCACCGCUGCCCGACUAUGGCAUGUACAUUGUCGACGCCGAAGGCAAACCCGUACCAGUUGGGUGGGUGGGUGAGGUAGUCAUAUGUGGACCCGGUGUAGGUUCCGGAUAUCUCAAUAGAGCGGAGCUCACCAGCACGAAAUGGAAGCCAGCCCGGUUUCUAGCAGGCCACGAAGCCGGCAGCCGGAAGAAAUGGAACCGUCUCUACCUCACGGGUGACCGUGGGAGAACACUUGCGGAUGGUUCUAUUGUUAUUUUGGGGCGCAUUGAUGGCGACAGCCAAGUUAAACUGCGUGGAUUCCGCGUUGAGCUCGACGAGGUCGCAAGCUGCCUCGUCGAAUCAUCUGGUGGUUUGCUUACUGACGCUCGAGUCGUUGUGAGAGGCGAGGCCGCAGAACACAAAUUCCUCGUCGCUUUCGUCGUGUUCAAGCCCGGGUUCGACGCUACAGACAAAUCUGAAUACUUACGGUCUCUGCUCCAGAGUCUGCCUUUGCCGCCGUAUAUGCGUCCCAGCUUUGCAAUUCCACUCGACACACUACCUUUCACUGAAAGAGGCAAGCUCGACUCAGCCGCUCUUGCAAAGAUCACGCUUCCAAGUGCACCGCUCGAAGGUGAAGAGGAUGAAAAGGAUAUGACUGACAGCGAAGUGUUAUUGAAAAAUAUCUGGAGAGACAUCGUCCAACGAGCUGGGGGCAUCCCGGUGGCAAUCAGACGGGACUCUGACUUCUUCUCGAUUGGCGGCAACUCUUUGCUGUUGCUGCAGCUCAAGGCGGAGAUCCGACGAGUCUUUGACGUGACUGUACAACUACCAGAACUGUUUCAGAACAGCACGCUACGAGGGCUCGCUGCACGACUUGAAGGUUCGUCGGACCCGACGGCACAGGCCAUUGACUGGAAAGAGGAGGCAAACCCAGGCAAGCUUGCAGAAGGUCUUCUUCAAACAAAAUCUCUGGCACGAACUACUGUACCAGAUGCUCUCACGGUUGUGCUCACGGGAGCCACAGGUUUCCUUGGUGCUGAGCUAUUGCGUCAAUUGAUCGCCAACCCAACCAUCAGCCACAUCCACUGCGUGGCAGUCCGCAACCCUCAGCGCAUUGAAACAGACUCGCCCAAGGUCACAAUUCACGCAGGUAAUCUUUCGAAACCGCUGCUAGGUCUCCCUAAUGAGCAGAUGGCCGCCGAGAUCUUCGGGUCGGCACAUGCUAUUGUCCAUAACGGCGCCGAGGUCUCGCACAUGAAGAACUACCACAGCUUGCGUGCACCCAAUGUAGGGUCGACAAGGGAGCUUUUGCGAUUGGCAAUUCGGUACCAGGACGAGAAAUUUGGCCUGGCGGCAUUCCACUUCGUCUCCACAGGUGGUGUAGCCACAUUAACAGGCCAGGACUCAUUGCACGAGGGACCAAUCCCUUCGAGUGCCUUCCCACCUACAGACGGGUCGCACGGCUACGUGAGCAGCAAAUGGGCAAGCGAACGACUCCUCGAAAACGUGACGCAGGGAGUUGCGGGUCUGCGAGUGGUCGUGCACCGUCCAUCCAAUAUCACUGGCGAGGGCGUCCCAAGCCAAGACAUCGUGCACAGUGUGCUGCGAUACUCGAAGCUUCUGCAUGCCGUGCCAGAUUUAGGCCCAGACUUUGGAUCAUUUGAUCUUAUCGGAGUGCAGACGGCAGCGCUGAACAUCGUGAAGGACGUUGUUGACGUUGCCGUAUCAAACCCCUCAUUGACCAGUGGCGAGCGGAUCACCUACAGGCACCAGUCUGGAGAGACAGUCGUGCCAGCGGCCAAGCUCAAGGAGUAUCUCGGCCACUCAGACCAAACCCCGUUCAAGGUGUUACCCAACCAGGAAUGGGUGUUAGCUGCAAAGACUGCAGGCUUAGACGAACUUGUUGCGAGCUUCUUGAGUGCAUCAGUGGAGCACAUGAAAAUGCCAUUGCUAGAAAAGGCUUAG